AUGUCGGAGGACAAAGUCAUCGUUCCUACUCGGGACGAGCUCAAAGUCCUGGACUUUGACUCGGAGCAUACUCAUGAUCUUAUCCGUCAGGCCCAGGAGUCUGAUGCUGCGGAUAAGAAGCUCACCAUCCGCGGAGCAAUUAAGAAGUACAAGAAGGCUUGCUUCUGGGCUAUGAUCCUGUCGACCAGUUUGAUUAUGGAAGGAUAUGAUUUGGUCAUUAUCACCUCCUUCUACGGACAAACCCAAUUCCAAACGCGUUUCGGAACAUACGAUGCAGCGCUCCAGAAAUACGCCAUCUCCGCAGAGUGGCAGUCCGUUUUGUCCAACUCGGCCGUCAUUGGACAACUGGUUGGCCUGGUAAUCAAUACCUUUGCGCAGGACAGGUUCGGAUGUCGUCCCACUAUGAUGUUUUUUAUGUUCUGGAUGGUGAUCACCAUCUUCAUCCCCUUCUUCGCGCCAUCGCUCUCCGUCCUCGCUUUCGGAGAAUUCAUGUGCGGUAUCCCUUGGGGUGUGUUCCAAACCCUCUCGACUUCCUACGCGUCAGAAGUCGUCCCUACAGUCCUCCGGCCUUACGUGACAGCGUAUGUCUGCAUGUGCUGGGGAGCCGGCAUCCUGCUCUCGUCCGGCGUCGUCCGUGCCGUUGUUAACGUCUCUGGGGAUCUCGGUUGGAGGCUUCCCUUCGCCAUACAAUGGGUGUGGCCUAUUCCCUUGUUCAUCGCCGCUUAUCUGGCCCCCGAGUCGCCGUGGAACUGUAUCCGUCGCGGCAAGCACGACGAGGCCCGCAAGUCACUCGCCAGGCUGCGUCAGGAAACGCCUGAGCGUGAUCAGCAAGUCGAGUCUUCCCUGGCGUACAUCGUCUACACGACAGAGCUGGAGAAGCGCGAGACAGAGGACGCCAGGUUUGUCGACUGUUUCAAAGGCACAAACCUCCGCCGUACUGAGAUCAACUGCGUUGUCUGGGCUGCUCAGAUUCUCUGCGGCAACGCCAUUCUCGGAUUCUCGGUCGAAUUUCUUGAGGCUGCCGGCUUCACUGAAGUCCAGGCUUUCGACCUCAAUAUUUCACUCUCGGCAAGCUACAUCAUUGGUGGUCUCAUCUGCUGGGUGCUAAUGCCUCGUCUGGGACGCGCCACAUUGUACAUGGGUGGGAUGGCCUUCAUGUUCUGCUGUCUUGUGGCCAUCGGCGCUCUUGGUUUCUACAGCAGCACCCAGUCCCAGCUCGCCGUUGGCAUCCUGCUCGUUAUUUCGACCUUGUGCAAUAUGACCACCAUCGGCCCAGUCUGCUAUCCUAUCGUCGCCGAGACACCUUCUGGCAGGCUCAGGUACAAGACUAUCACUAUCGGCCGUUUCGUUUACAACGUGACCGGAAUUUUCUCCAACUCAGUCACCCCUCGUAUGGUUUCUGCAACUUCCUGGAACUGGGGUGCCAAAGCCGGCCUUUUCUAUGCCGGCACCAACCUUCUGUGCAAUAUCUGGUGUUGGUUCCGCCUGCCUGAAACCAAGGACCGUACUUUUGGCGAGAUUGAUCUCAUGUUCGAUAACCACGUACCUGCUCGCAAGUUCAAGUACACGACAGUCGAUCAGUUCGCCGUCGGCGUGACCGAAAAGUCUUUUGUCGGCUCGGUUUCGGAGAAACAGGACCAUGCUGCUGUUCAUGAGGUCAUGUGA